AUGGCUGAUACACACCCGGGCAUGGUCCACGAGGACUCGAUCUCUUCACAGGACCUGCACACCCCGACGGAUGACAAGAAGCCCAAGAGCAGGAGGCCGGCGAAUACGGCCUUCCGUCAACAGCGAUUAAAGGCCUGGCAACCGAUUCUCACGCCAAAGACUGUGCUUCCUCUCUUCUUCGCCAUCGGCAUCAUCUUCGCGCCAAUUGGGGGAGGAUUGCUUUACGCCAGCGCGCAGGUCCAAGAAAUAAUCCUCGACUACUCCAGAUGCUACUCCGAUGCCCCCGUCUAUCCCGCGACCGCCGCCAUGGAUGACAGCGAUGUAACCAUGCACUUCAACAGGAACUCAUCCUCGCCGAACGCCGACGCGCCCUCCUGGUCCCGUCGCGAGAUCAACUACACCUAUGCAGCAGGUGUUGACGUGCUCACUACUCGCUGCACCAUCAACUUUACGAUUCCCAAUGACAUGAAGCCGCCUGUGUUGUUCUACUACAAGCUCACGGACUUCUACCAGAACCAUCGACGAUAUGCAAAGUCCUUCCAUCUGGGCCAGCUGGGCGGGGAGGCCAUAUCCGCGAAUAGUAUUGAUGGUGGUGAUUGCACCCCUCUCACAGUCGAAACCAUCAACGGGGUCAAGAAGCCAUACUACCCCUGUGGACUGGCCGCCAAUUCCGUCUUCAACGAUACAUUCUAUAGCCCUGUUCUCCUGAAUGUCCCCGGCUCAAACACAGAUAACGAGACAUAUGUUAUGCAAAGCCAAACAGGUAUCUCAUGGGCCAGUGAUCGCGAACUGUACGGACCGACGAGUUACAACUGGAGCGACGUCUUGGUGCCCCCGAACUGGGUGAAAAGAUUCCCAAAUGGAUACACAGACGACAACCAUCCAGACUUGCAAAACGAUGAGCAGUUCCAGGUGUGGAUGCGUUUGGCCGGGUUGCCAACUUUCAGCAAGCUGGCGCAGAGGAACGAUACGGCCACCAUGAAGACAGGGACCUAUACUUUGGAUGUUGAUCAUCAUUUCAACGUGACUCAGUAUGGCGGCACUAAAUCCAUCAUCAUCUCCACCCGCACUGUGAUGGGCGGCAAAAACCCCUUCCUCGGCAUCGCUUACGUCGCUGUGGGCGGUAUCUGCAUCUUGCUUGGCACCCUGUUCACCAUUACACACCUCGUCCGGCCGAGAAAGCUGGGCGACCACACGUAUCUGACGUGGAACAACGAUCAAACCGCUGGAGGUGCGUCGAACCACCCGGGUAAUGGAGAAGGCCAUAAUUAG